AUGAAGAACAAGAUGUUAGACAAACAAAUAUUAAAUAAAAGGUCGAUUUGGGUUCACGACAUUUUGAAAAAACAGAAGACUGAAGGUGAAUUUGCUACUCUUUGUCGACAAUUAGAAGAUCACGAGGAUACAUUUUUCAAGUAUUUUCGAAUGUCAAGAUACCAAUUUAAUGUGCUCUAUCAGAAAAUCAAAGAUGACAUAACCAAACAAAACACACAUUUCAGAGAAUCAAUACCAGCUAAAGAAAAACUGGCUGUAUGUUUGAGGUUUUUGGGAACCGGAGAUUCUUAUCAAACUAUAGCAUUCAGUUUUCGAUUGGGUCAUUCAACUGUCCAGGUAAUUGUCUUAGAAGUAUGUGAUGCUAUUAUAUCUAAAAUGAAAAAUGAAUGCAUACCAUGUCCCAAAAAAGAAGAUUGGGUGCAAAUAUCCAACGAGUUUUGGGAGGUAUGGAAUUUUCCCAAUUGUAUAGGUGCAUUAGAUGGAAAGCACGUUACUAUUGAAGCUCCCCCGAAUAGUGGCUCAUUAUUCUUUAAUUACAAGAAAACAUUUUCUAUUGUGCUAUUAGGAUUAGUUGAUGCUCAAUACAAAUUCAUUGCUGUCGAUAUUGGUGCGUAUGGGAAAAAUAGUGACGGAGGUAUAUUAUCGACCUCAAAUUUUGGAAAAGCAUUAGAAAAAAAUAAAUUUAACAUUCCUAAUGGUCGAGUAUUGCCUGGUACAGAUAUAGAAUUACCCUAUGGUAUCAUAGGAGAUGAAGCAUUUCCUCUUAAAAAUUAUUUGUUGAGGCCAUAUCCUGGACCUCAAAGUUACGAUGACGAGACAAAAAAAAUUUUUAACGAAAGGCUUUCAAGAGCACGGAAAGUAGUCGAAGACACAUUUGGUCAAUUAACAGCUAAAUUUCGCAUUUACUGUAGGAGAUUAAAAGCAUUACCAAAUAAUGCAGAUAAAAUAGUUAUGACCACGUGUAUUUUACAUAAUUUUAUUAAAAAAGAUACAGAUGAAAUUCAUAGCAGCAACAGAAAUGAAAUUAUCUACUAA